AUGGCGCGGACGAAGCAGACAGCUCGGAAAUCCACUGGGGGUAAAGCUCCCCGCAAACAGCUAGCUACCAAAGCUGCCCGUAAGAGUGCCCCGGCCACCGGCGGUGUCAAAAAGCCGCAUCGCUAUCGCCCGGGCACGGUGGCGCUGCGGGAGAUCCGCCGCUACCAGAAAUCCACCGAGCUGUUGAUCCGCAAGCUGCCCUUCCAGCGCCUGGUGCGGGAGAUCGCCCAGGAUUUCAAGACCGACCUGCGCUUCCAAAGCUCUGCCGUGAUGGCCUUGCAGGAGGCCAGCGAGGCUUAUGUGGUGGGCCUCUUCGAAGAUACCAAUCUGUGCGCCAUCCACGCCAAGCGGGUCACCAUCAUGCCCAAGGACAUUCACCUGGCCCGGCGCAUCCGUGGGGAGCGGGCCUGA